CGCUUCUUCCUUCUUGCUCUUACAUUCAUUCACACAUCAUCAUCAUCAUCAUCUUCUUCAACCUCUCAUUUCUCGUGUUUUCUGCAUCAAAUCGCACGAAACCUCUCACAAUCGCAUCAAAAUUCCACGUUCGAGCUUCAUGGAUCAAACACCCGCCGCACAACGUCGUCUCAGGACCAUUAACGCCCACCUCAUCGCCGCCGCUGAUGAUUCUACCUCCCACCUCCGAUCUAACCCCACCGCCGGCGAGUUCGUCCACGAACAAGGGUAUAGUGUUGUACUCCCAGAGAAAUUGCACACAGGAAAGUGGAACGUGUAUAGAUCUGCACGUUCUCCGCUGAAACUAAUGAACAGGUUCCCUGAUCAUCCUGAAAUUGGUACACUGCAUGAAAAUUUUGUCCGUGCAGUUGACACUUUUCGAGACUACAAAUAUCUGGGAACCCGUGUUCGUGUUGAUGGAACAGUUGGAGAGUACAAAUGGAUGACAUAUGGAGAAGCAGGUGCUGCCCGGUCAGCAAUAGGCUCUGGUUUGAUUCAUUAUGGAGUCCCAAAGGGUUCCAGCAUAGGGUUGUAUUUUAUUAACAGACCUGAGUGGCUCAUUGUUGAUCAUGCUUGCUGUGCGUAUUCAUACGUAUCAGUUCCUUUAUACGAUACUCUUGGUCCUGAUGCUGUCAAGUAUAUUGCUAAUCAUGCUCUUGUGCAAGUUAUAUUUUGCGUGUCUCAAACAUUAAAUUCAUUGCUGAGCUACUUGUCUGACCUUCCAACUGUCCGUCUAAUUGUGGUAGUUGGAGGUAUGGAUGAUCAAAUUCCAUCGCUUCCAUCAUCAGCUGGUGUUCAGGUUAUUACAUAUUCAAAGCUGCUUAGUCAGGGGAACAGCAAUCUCCAACCCUUUUGCCCUUCAAAACCUAGUGAUGUUGUAACGAUUUGCUAUACUAGUGGUACAACUGGAACCCCAAAGGGUGCUGUCUUGUCCAAUGAAAACUUCAUUGCAAAUGUUGCUGGAUCCUCUUUAGAUGAAAAAUUCGGCCCUUCUGAUAUUUAUAUAUCUUAUCUCCCUUUGGCACACAUAUAUGAGCGAGCAAACCAGGUCUUGAAUGUAUAUUUUGGCAUUGCAGUGGGAUUCUACCAGGGGGAUAAUAUGAAAUUAAUGGAUGACCUAGCUGCUCUAAGACCUACUAUCUUCUGUAGUGUUCCUCGCCUAUAUAAUAGAAUAUAUGCUGGAAUUAUCAAUGCUGUUAAAACUUCUGGUGGUCUGAGGGAGAGGAUAUUUAAUGCUGCCUACAAUGCUAAAAGACAGGCACUAUUGCAUGGCAAGAACCCAUCUCCAAUGUGGGACAGAUUAGUUUUCAAUAAGAUAAAGGAAAAGCUUGGAGGACGAGUUCGUCUUAUGGUGUCAGGAGCCUCUCCUCUAUCACCUGAUAUCAUGGAAUUUUUAAAGAUUUGCUUUGGUGGGCGUGUGACUGAAGGAUACGGAAUGACUGAGACCACUUGUGUUAUAAGUUGUAUUGAUCAGGGUGACAAACUUGGUGGUCAUGUUGGCUCUCCUAGCCCAGCCUGUGAGGUAAAACUUGUGGAUGUUCCAGAAAUGAACUAUACAUCUGAUGAUCAGCCCCAGCCCCGUGGUGAAAUUUGUGUCAGGGGUCCCAUUAUUUUUAAAGGAUAUUACAAAGAUGAAGCUCAGACGAGAGAAGUCAUUGAUGAAGAGGGAUGGCUGCAUACAGGAGAUAUUGGGACAUGGUUACCUGGUGGUCGUCUCAAAAUUAUUGAUAGGAAAAAGAAUAUCUUCAAGUUGGCACAAGGCGAGUACAUUGCUCCGGAGAAGAUUGAAAAUGUGUAUGUCAAAUGCAAAUUUGUGGCACAGUGCUUUGUAUACGGUGAUAGCUUUAAUGCUUUUUUGGUAGCUGUUGUCUCGGUGGAUCCUGAUGUCUUGAAAUCGUGGGCGGCUUCAGAAGGCAUAAUGCAUAAUGACUUAUCACAACUUUGCAAUGAUCCGAGAGCAAAGGCAACGGUCAUGGCUGACAUGGAUGCUGUUGGACGAGAGGCUCAGCUAAGAGGUUUUGAAUUUGUAAAAGCUAUCACUUUGGUGCAUGAACCAUUUACAAUGGAAAAUGGUCUGCUGACUCCAACAUUCAAGAUUAAGAGGCCUCAAGCAAAGGAAUAUUUUGCAAAAGCAAUAUCUGAUAUGUACAGUGAUCUCUCAAAAGCUGAUCCUUCUCAGAAAUCUUUGUGAAAUUGAGGGUCUUUCUCAUCACACCAGAUUACCACUAGUCUUAUACAUCUUUGUACCAGACAAAGAAAAUAAAGAUAGGUGACUAAGAGUGAACUUCAAGCAUUCACAUCGUAAGGUGACACACAGGAAGCAUCUCAUUGGAAUGAUCCUGCAACUUAAAUGUAUUGUUUCAUAAUAAUUAUGCUUCACAGUGUUUUUGGGAUGUUGUUUAUAGUUUUCUUCUCAAAUAUUAUUUCAAUUUGUUAAAUUUUUUGUCUCUA